AUGAGUGAUAGACGUCGUCUCAAUGGGCCCGCUGGCACAACCAGCCCGCCAGUCUUUACGCCCUCUACUGGCUCCGCGAUAUCACCGCAGUACCGAUCAAGGAAGCCUAAUGAACUACGCAAGAUCUUUCUGCAAACUGGGGUAGUGCCUUCUGCGACUGGCUCAGCAUACCUCGAACUUGAGAGUCCUCCAAGAUCAAGAUCGACUGUGCUAAACACUUCCUCCACAAUCAAGUUGUCUUGCUCAGUUCACGGACCGAAGCCCCUCCCCCGGACUGCUUCUUUUUCACCAAACCUUCAACUAUCUGCGUCUGUGAAGUUUGCUCCUUUCGCGACCCGUAAUCGCCAGGGCUAUGUCCGCGACAGCACAGAAAGAGAUAUUGGGAUGCACCUAGAGAACGCUCUAAAGGGUGUCAUCAUACCUGACAGAUGGCCGAAAAGUGCGAUUGAUAUUGCAGUCACGGUGCUGGAAGGCGAGGAUGAUCAGAUCGACGGGGAUCGGAUUGUGGGAGUUGGCUUGGUCAAUAUGCUGGCGGGUUGCAUUAAUGUUUCUAUGGCAGCACUUGCAGACGCGAGGGUGGAUUGUCUGGACUUGUUAGCAGCAGGGGUGGGCGCCAUCGUCGCAGGUCCUGAAAAGCCACUCCGAAUUCUGGACCCCGCCUCUAUCGAGCACGAAGCAAUCCUAGCAAGUUGUCUUGUGGGCUACCUGCCGUCACGCGAUGAGCUUGUGGAAGUCUGGACCAAUGGCUCCUCAUCAACUCAGGGGGCCAACGCGGGCAUCAGUUUCGAUGAAAUGCUGGAUAGCGCUGUGGCUGCUGCGCGGGGGGCACAAACUGUGAUCAAAGAGGUCUUGGUGGAAGCCCUCACGAAAACCAAAGGUGGCACCAAGAAGCUCAGCCACGACCACAUGAAUGAUGUCGAGAUGAAGACAUGA